CAAUGUGUUGUGUCAACUCACAGUAACGCUUCCUUGUUUCCAGUCUGGCUUUGCGCACAACGCAUGUGAUUUUUAUUUAGGAAAUUAUUUAGUUAACGAUAGUUAACGUUUGAUUUCUGGUUAAGGUCAGUUCAGUGGGUUACACGUAAACGUUCGCGAUGGGUUUACUGACGAUCUUAAAGAAGAUGAAGCACAAGGAGCGUGAAAUGCGUCUACUUAUGCUGGGUCUUGACAAUGCUGGGAAAACAACCAUCCUAAAGAAGUUCAACGGCGAGGACGUCAGCACGAUCUCUCCAACAUUAGGCUUCAACAUAAAGACUCUCGAGCACAGAGGGUUUAAGCUGAAUAUCUGGGAUGUGGGUGGUCAAAAGUCCUUGAGAUCUUACUGGAGGAAUUAUUUUGAGAGUACAGAUGGACUGGUGUGGGUAGUGGACAGCGCUGACAGAUUGAGACUGGAGGACUGCAGGAAAGAGCUGAGUACUUUAUUACUAGAGGAGCGAUUAGCAGGAGCCACUCUGUUAGUUUUUGCUAACAAACAGGACCUACCAGGUGCUUCAUCAAAAGAUGGAAUCCGAGAGGUUUUAGCGCUUGAUGACAUUAAGACCCAUCACUGGUGUAUUGUGGGAUGCAGUGCCGUGACGGGUGAGAACCUGCUAACGGGUGUGGACUGGCUACUCGAUGAUAUAGCAGCUCGGAUCUUCACAGCUGACUGAUGGACUGAAUGUUUUAGCACAUUUUAGAGACUGUAAAAAAAAAAAAAUUGUGCUGAACAUGUAUUUCAAAUGUUUGAGGAUGUCGAAAUAGCUGUAAAGCUGUUAAGCCAUCACUUACCAAGAAUACACUUAUUUCUGCCUUGACAAAUCUUGUCUCUGGUCAUUUUCAAUUACAAUUGAUGCAGUCUUUUUCCUUCUGUUUAAAGUAUUUACAGGUCAGCCUUCCCUUUUUGAUUGAAGUUUUAGAGGGUGGUUGCAUCUCAACUACACCCCUUUCAUUUGUUUUUUUUUUUGCCCUUUAAGGGGUAUUUUUGGACCUCAGUUUGUUCGGCAGUAGUUUUUGCUUUCGUGCAAAUCUUACCUUAACAUUAUGACCCAACAUUGAACACUACUUCUAUAUUAAAUGCUGUGAACGUUGCCUACCAACAGUUAAGUUACAGAAAUAAAUGAAUUCUAAUAGGAGCAAGCAUUGCACAACUAAAUGCCAUUUGUUAGUUCAUGAUGCCUAAAGCAUUACAAGCUGAAUUUUAGUGCAAAGUGUCACAUUCCCAUUUAAAGAUUAAGUUGCCCGAUACAAACAUGAAUGCAAGAGGUGAAGACUCGGGGACACAACUGGAUUUGAAACGGCAAAUUCAGUAAAGCCAUUUAUUUUGCAAGCAGCUUAGGAAUAAAUACAAAAAGGAAAAACCAUUCCAUUUAUAUUGUCAAUUAUUAACACCAUGCAGUCAACACUUCAGUUCAGCAGAUGCACAGUACAAGGACACGAAUCGGUGUCAGCCAGUUCAACUUCUCAGAUGCAGUUUACGAGACCUAAGGGGGAUAAAGAAAGAUAAGGGGGGGGGGGGAGAAUAAAAAAAAAAGGAUCAAGAGGGGAUAUCAAUCAGUCCUGACUUUUCAGCCUGGGGCAGUAAAAUCACAUCUCACAUCCAUACAUUUCAAAUUUAAAAU